UUCAAGACUUACAUGUAAAAGUGUUUUGUGCUCUGAUUUCUUUAUUUCACAGAAAAUGAUUCAUCACAGAAAUACCACUUGAUUUAUGAUUCAAAGAACUGGAUGGAAGCUCAGAGUUACUGCAGACAGAAUCACACAGACCUGAUCAGUGGAAAGAAGCAGCUACAGGAUGGAGAAGUGAACAAUGGGUUAAAUUUAGCGACUGCAAAUUCAAAAUACAUAUUUAUCGGUCUGUUCAGUGACACCUGGAUGUGGUCAGAUGGAAGUAAUUUCUCCUUCAGACACUGGAAUCUGAAGUUUGACUAUCAGAUAAUCAACAGUGAUCAAUGUGCCAUGACUAUGUUUGAUGAUGGAGGCAGAUGGAAGAAUGAGAACUGUGAUGAAAGAAAACCCUUCAUCUGUUAUGAUGAUAACAUGAUCCUGGUCAAAGAAAAGAUGAACUGGGAGGACGCCUUGUACUACUGCAGAGAUCAUCACCAUGACCUGGUCACCAUCACCAACAUGGAUGAUCAGAGAUGGAUCCAGGAGAAAGUCAAGGAGGCAUCGACUGAUUAUGUCUGGAUGGGUCUGCGUUACACCUGCACUCUGGAUUUCUGGUUCUGGGUCAGUGAUGAGGUGGUCAGAUAUAAGAACUGGGCCUCAGAUGAACCGAUGGACGACUGUGACAUGUCAGGAGCCAUGGAGACGGGAGGGAAAUACAAGUGGUUUAAAAGAAAUGAUGCAGACAUGUUUAACUUCAUCUGUUCUAAACAUCCACCAGGAGAAUAAGUGUUGUAUUAUACAGCACUUAUUCUCAUAUUCUUGUACAUGUAUGCUGAUAUAUGUAGAAAAGGAAACGAUUUCACAUAGUAGGUUAUGUUGUUUGGGUUUUGUUGUGUUUUACGUCAUAUGUACAUGGUUUCCCCCAGAAAACGUUCUAAGCACGGUGAUCAGGGCGCUACGGCAGUCAUUCAUCCAGCCAACCACCAUUUUUUUUAGUUAAAAAAUGUUUAAAGUUGACAGGAAAUUUUAAAAUAUAAUUUGAUAGCUAUACAUUUUUGGAAGACUGGAAGACUAAUACCCAAACAUCAACUAGAAAUUCUUAAAAAAAAAAAAAAAAAAAAAAAAGGCAAUCAUUAAAAAAAAAAAUAAAAAAAUAAAAAAAUAACAAUGCUAA